GAGUCAUGAUUGCGCCACUGCAUCCCAUCUGGGAAACAGAGUGAGAUCCUGUCACAAAAAACCAAACCAAAAUCAUGAUGACCACGAGCCUUAGAAAUGCUCCAGCUUAGUGACACACACACCCAAGAAGUAGCGUUUAUGGUGUCAAAAACAACUUGGGUGUCAGCCUGGUGCCCCCUCUUCCCUGCUGGAAUCUCCAACAGCUGGGUUAGAGAGGGUCAGCGUCCCCACAUGUUGCCCGCAUGACAGGCUGUCCCAGUGUCAAAGCCAGUGUAAGUGUGAGCAGCAACAGACUCCACGGACACACACACGUAUGGAAAAGAGAGAGUAUAGGACAGAUAGCACGUGCUAAAUAGCAGUUAUCUUUAAAUAGGAAGAAAACAGUAUUUUCAAAGCUUUAUUUCAUUGUCCUUAAAACAAAUGGGUAGUGAAAAAAUAGAAGGUUUUGGUUGGAAUUAAACCUUCUCUGUAAAGAAAGGCUGCUUCUUAUCAAGUAGAAAACCUCUAGGAGGGAUGAUCGCCACAGCAGCACCACAGGUGGAUUCUGGGGAGGAAAUGACGUUGGAAGGAUGCAGGAAGGGAGGGCAAGUGAGCUCGGGUCAGAUGAGGAGGUGGGAGCCCUGAGAGGCUGCAGGGACACACAGCCUGCCCUGGGUGCUGUGCCCUGUUCAAGAUGGGCUGUUUCACAUGGAUGAGGCAGUCGGGGCUGGAAAGCCUGUCUUCCCUGCUCCUGUCCUGCACCUGCUGACGGUCACUGUGUCUUCCUAGUGGCAAGAUAUUCUCUCUCGAAGAAACUCCGCAGGAAAACCAGAGAUGAAGAUGCCGCCCGAAAAGUGCAGGUCAGGCCACCUGGUUUUGUCUGGGAAAAAGUUACUUUCUUAGCUUUAUCUUCUUGAGUUAAAAUAAGACAUAAGAAUCUGACCCUAUAUCUCAUAGGUGACUUAUACAGUGUCGUUGGUGGGGGGAAUUCUGAGUGAGUCUGUUCCCCACUGAGGGUUGAUUUAAGACGGCGGGAGAAAAUGACAGCGUCAGCCACGCCCUGAGCGGCAGUGAGCUUUCUCCUCAGCAGCUUGAUUCUUUCCUUGGGGAAAAUCACUGAAUCACCAAGCAGCACGGAGUUAGAGGACACGUCCUCCAGGAGAAACUUUAGCAUGAGUCAGUUUGUCCUGUUCUUCUUCUGUGUUCCUUUGAUUUGAGCACUGUUUUCCAUCUGGUUUCCUAAUGUCACCAAGUGAAGAAAAGACCUGCGUGCUCGGGACUCGGAUGGUCUGAAGCUCAUGUUUUUCUUUCUCUCAAUGCAGGCAGAGGAACAGGCCGAGGAGAAAGAUUCCACCGAGGAUCUGAAGGUGGAACUUUCGAAGAAGAAAAAAACUCCAUGGAAAGUGAAGGAGGCCUGGAGAGAGCAGGAGAGUGUGACGGAGUCCAGUGUGGUGUCCGCAGAAGUGGCCCUAGCUCUUUGUGAGCAAACAGGAGUAGGACCUCCCAGGAAAGGACGUUUCAAGUUUCUUGCAGCAGAGCUUCCUAGCGAGAAGUCCACAGAGAAAGUCGUGGCCGUUGUCAAUAGGGACUCAGCGCUUUGGGCAAGCGGUCCCAUGGAGGGUCCCGUGGAAAAAUUCAUCUAUGAAUCAGAUGAGGAGGCCCCACGACAGUGGCAGGUCAGGCCACCUGCUGUUGUCACAGAAAAAGCCGGCGGACUGCCUGAAGAAAAAGGUUGCAAGGAGGAGUCCCUGGAAGACAGCAACAAAGGCUCAGCUGAGGAUGUUCCCCAGCAUUUGAAGGUUACCUGCGCAGACCAGGAGAAUGGAAGCUAUAAGGACAGCAACUUUUCUGAAACCCAUCAUGACAAAGACUCUGCAAGUGGUGGAGAUGCUUCAGCUUCUGGAGCAGAUACGGAAGAGCCCAAGUGUGCAGACGGCCGUCAGCAUAUACCAACAAGUCCUCUCCCGGAACCUGAAGAAAAAGCAAUAGAGACAAACCCUGAACAGGCAGAAGAAAUAAAACCUAGUGAGCUCGAGGAGGAUGAGGAUGCUGAAGAGCCUGACCUGACCUGUUGUGACCUUUGUAUUUGAUGGUGGAAAUCCCUAAAGGCAAAUGAAAACCGCAGUUUAAACUCUAAGUUUCAACCAGAAUCUAACAGCUCCUGGAUUUCCCGUGGCUCACACUCUUCAGAAACAACUCACAAAGAGCCUGAGGAAGCAGCUCUCCCUUAUCAGUGGGCCAGUUUAUUUGUCCAUCCCUGGGACUAGUAAUUCUGUAGUUACUGGAGGUAGUAGAAGGCACACACAUCAUGCCAUUUCCCUCAAGUACUUGGAUAACUGAGAAAGAAAUGGCAGAAAAUUGUGAGUGGUAUUUCCAGCUCCUAACAGAAUCAUUCAUGUGGAAAGUUCCUUGGCUCAACAUCAAGUCAUUAAAUAAAAAGCAAACACACCUUUUACCUAGCUCAAGUAUAUUUGUUUUUCAUUGUUUCUAUUUUUUUCUCUUGGUUAAUAGCACCCCAUUUUUUCUGUGCUUGAAACUUGGUCGUCAUUUCUGACCCUUACCUAUUCAUUAUGCCCUUUGUUAGUAACGUACGACUCACGACUGUAGAAUGGGGUUUACUAUUUGGAGGGAGUGUGUGUGCUAUGGAGACAGUCGUUCCAUCCUCACAGAAUUCUAUGAGUGGACUCAAGCAGCGAGAGACGGGAUUGUCACCUUAAGGGAGAUGAGGUUCAGAAGGCCUAAAUCCUGUCAGUACAGCCUCAAGCCUGUGCCUUAAAGAUUUGUUCUUUCUCGUUUAUUUCAUUUACACCAAUUCAAGUUCAAGGUACUAAUUACCACAUCUAAUUCAUUGCCCCAUCGACAGUGUCUCGCUACUCUGUCAUGUUUGAAACCAGCAGAUUAAUCUUGUUACAGUGACUUUUUUGUGUAUAAUAUUCUCUGUUUCCCUAUGUUUCAAAUUAAUAGUUCUUAAGGUACUGUGUCAUCUGGUCCCACGUUAUCUGUCUCUUUUACUUUCCACAUUUUUCUCCCUUCUGUCCCUAAUCCGAAUUAGAACCAUCUUGCCAGUCUUAGGCCAUGUCUUGGGUUAGUUUUUAAUCAUUCUAGACCACAUUAACUGAUCUGAACUCCUAUUAUAGUAAUUGUAUUCCACAGUGUAGUACUUUAUUAUGGACAGAAAUGCACACUUAUCUAGAAGUUGCCUAUUCAGCAGUUUCAAGAACUUGUAAUUAACCAGAGGAGGCAGUUACGUAGACAUAAAAUACAAAGCCAUGUUCUCAGGCAGCCGGGAUGAGUGUUCCAGAGUCCACGGGUUUUCCUCCCAGUGCUGGGCUGUAGACACUUGGACAUGUGCGUAAUCAUUGAUGUGGAUGUGUGGGCGACAGUGCAGCGUUUUGCUAUUUUAAUGUAUUUAGUUAAUGGAUUUCCAGCCCUCAGCCAGUUGGAGGUAGCAAAUUAGGAAUAAGAAAGAGA